AUGGCAGUUUGCAAAUUCUUUUUGGAAAAUCGUUGCCGGAACGGCACUAAUUGUAGAUUCGAGCACGUUUAUCCUCAUUUAAAGCCUGGUUCAAAUUCGUAUAUUUUUCGUGCUGAAAAUGCAGCCCCUCCUAAAUGGGCUGAGAGCAAACAUUGGAAGAAAGCUGAAUUGGAUCGGUAUUUUCCAGUAAGUAGGACUGUUGGCUUCAUUUCUACAAACUUGCAAGCAGAAAAGCCAUCCUGGCCGCUAACUGGAUAUGCGCUUAAAGAAUUCUUCCCAUCGUUAUACAAUGGAGACGUUUCUCCAGAGGAACUGAGAUGGUGGUUUUAUCAAGCACGAGCGCUCAAUGCGAUUCCUCAAUAUGAGCAACGUCAAACAGAAUUAAUGAAUGAUAUUAAUAAUAAGCAAAAGAUCGUUUUGACAAAUCGUGAAGGUGCUGUAAACGAAAUGAGAAACCGAUUAGUGGGCAAGACGGGAGUGAAAUCCAUCUUUGACACAACUCCAACAAACAGCUUUUCGUCAAACACAAAUGCUUCUUUUGGUGCAUUUCCAAAAGAAAAUAAAAGUCAGUUUCCUAGUUCUGCUCCUGCAUUUGGAUUUCAGCAGAAUCAACCGGCAAGUAGCGGGUUCGGUGGUAUAACUGCGACUCCUACUACAUCUGCAUUUGGUAGCCAGCUCGGUUCUUCACCAUUUGCAUCCAGUAAUAAUACGCCAGCAGCGCCUACUUCGUUUUCUGGUGGUGGAUUUUCUCAGAAUGCACCAACUCAUCCGCAAUUUGGUGUUAGUGGUUUCGCAAACCAACCUCCUUCUUCGUUUGGCGGCUUCUCUGGUAAUCAGCAGCCGGCCUUCGCUCAAUCAUUAUUUGGUCAAUCUAAUCCUUUCCAAGGUCAAGCGAAUAGCUCUAUGGAUGCACCAAAGGCUUUUGAACAACCCAAAAAUCCUGUAAAUCCUUCUCCGUUUGGUAUUCCUUCUGCGCCGGUAUUUGGGCAAACAGCUUUUCAACAGCCAGCAAAUCCGGCAUUACAAAAUUCUCAAGUGCAAAAUAAUGCACCCAGUGGAUUUCAAAAUCUAACUCAAAACCAAACACCAGCAAGCGUUUUUGGAUCGUUUCAAAAUCCAAACGCUGCGCCUUCUGGUUUUGGUAUGGGACAGAAUCAGCCAUUUGGAUUUUCUCAGCCGGUCACGGGUCAAGCUCAAGGAGCAACGACUAACAUUAUGAACAAACCUGAAGGUAGUAGUGGAUUCGGUUUUCAACAACAGCCUCCUGCUUCGAGCUUUGCCCCGGUUUCUUCAAACACGUCUGAGCCUACAAAGAUAAACGCAGAGGUGUCAGUAAUAUCCUCUGAUUUUCCGCCAGAAUUUAUUCAGCAAUUUCAGGCACCUGAAUUUACCUUGGGGAAAAUUCCCACUGUACCACCACCACUAGAAUUUUGUUGA